UUAGUUCAGUACCACUAGACAAUGUGUACCGAAAGUUCUGAGAAAAAAUAUCCGAAAUUUUCAAGCGAAAAACCUUGUACUUUUCUACUCCUUGGAUCAAAGAGACGCGUUCUUCCAAAAAGGGGAGAAUGGAAGGAAAGGGCUACCGGCUCGAGCCCAUAACAACCAGGGAUUCGAGCCAGGUGAUCCAGUUCUUGAGGAAAUUCUUUUUCAAAGACGAACCCCUAAACAUCUGUGUCGGCCUCCUUGACGAGCCUGGUUCCACAUGCAUCGAACUGGAAACUUAUUGUUUAGAUUCCAUCCCUGAUGGCGUUUCUCUUAUGGCGGUAUCUCCUGAUAACGAAAUGCUAGGAGUUUGCAUAAAUGGAGUUUUGAGAAGAGAGGAGAACGAUAAAUCAAACGAUAAAGAAGACGAUCUUCAAAACUGCACAAAUCAAAAAUUCAAAAAAAUUCUCAAUUUACUGACAACAGUCGGUAAGGAUUCCGACGUGUUUGGCCAAUUUCCCGAAAUUGACAGCUGCGUGGAAAUCAGGGUCGUGUCAGUGGACGAUGCCUGCAGGGGGCAGGGCAUCGCUAAAGCCUUUUUCGACCAGACAAAGAAAGUGGCAAAAGAGCAAGGUUACCCGUUAGUCAAAGUUGACUGCACCAGCCACUAUUCAGCCAUGGCCGUUUCAAGGCUAGGAUUCCAUUGCAUUUACACCCUCAACUAUUCCGACCAUCUGGAUGAAGAAGGAAAACCAGUCUUUGUACCUGAACCACCCCAUGCUUGUGUGAAAACAUAUGUAAUGCAUGUUAACUGAAAUGUUUUCUAUAGAUUUUUCAUCCCUAAAUGCGUCAGUAGUUACUAUCGUUGAAACAUCUUGACAUUUCUUUUUCAAGAUUACGUACACAUUUAAACAAGACUUUAUACAUUUUCAAAAAAUUUGCAUGUUAUGAAUGUGAACUAUUCAAUCAAGAUUUAAUUGAUAUUGACUUUUUUAUAUAUGUAUUAAAUAAGUUUUUAAUUGUAAAUAUUAAAUCAAAACUGAAUACCUAGUUUUAAAAAAACUGUUGUUUUUUUUUAAAUUAUUUUAUUUUAAAGAAUCCAAGUAUACAUUUCUUUUUUCUGAACAAUUCAAAAAUUGUUUUGUGAUACUAAGUCGUGAUAGUUUGUGUUUGAACAAAUAUAAGUUUAUCAAACUCAA